AUGGUCACCCUCGCUUUCGCACAAGAUGGAGCUCGCCAUCCACCAGCACCUUCUCACCUUCGACAGACCUCUUCGAGUCAUCGACGGAGGAGCGCGCGGAUCGUCUCGACUGCAUCGAUAGCUCGCGAAGGCAAUGCCAGUCUCGUAUCCAGCAUCAGCAACCUUACCAACACCAUUAUCGGCACCGGUAUGCUUGCCACCCCCGGUGCCUUCAAAUAUACAGGCCUGCUGCUCGGCCCCGCUCUCAUCCUCCUUUGUGGCUUCACGGCGGCUCUCGGCCUCUACCUCUUGACUAGAUGUGCGGCCCAAGUUGGUGGCAGAAAGAACAGCUUCUUCACCAUCGCCAGUCAAGCUUUACCUGCAGGCGCAUGGUACUUUGAUCUUGCCAUCGCGCUCAAGUGUUACGGUGUCAGCAUUUCGUACCUCAUCAUCUGCGGCCAGCUCAUGCCCCAGGUUAUCAUCAGCUUCUUCAGGGCGUUUCAUAGAGACAUUCACCAGAUUCCCACUCUCUUCCUCGACAGAAGCUUUUGGAUCUUGGCUCUCAUCAUCCUGCUCAUCCCGCUCUGUUUUCUGAGGCGGCUUGACUCGCUCCGCCACACGUCGUAUCUCAGCUUGCUUGCUGUCUUUUAUCUCGUCAUCAUCGUGCUCCAUUACAGCUUCAGCUCGGAUGCCAAAGCCUCGCUUCCCCCUAAAGGUGACGUCGAGCUCGUCAACGUCUCGUGGCACACGAUCAGCAUCUUUCCUGUCUUUGUUUUUGCUUUCACCUGCGCACAAAACAUGCUGCCCGUCUACAACGAACUCUUUCAAAACCACGAGACUAGAGUCAACACCGCCAUUGCUUCAUCGAUCGGCACCGGUGGCACGGUCUACCUGAUCGUUGGCGUGCUGGGCUACCUCAGUUUCGGCGGCAACGUCGGCGACAACAUCAUCGCCAUGUAUCCCAGCACCAGCUUGUUCGUCUGCUUUGGCAGGGUCAGCAUCAUUAUCUUGACCAUCUUUAGCUAUCCUCUGCAGGUACAUCCGUGCAGGGCUAGUUUCGACAAGGUCUUUUCCAAAGCCAGCAGGAGGCAGCAGAUUCUAGACGACGCUGCUGCAUCAGCCAUCGCCAUUCCGGAAGAAGAAGAAGAGGACGAGAACGGUGAUGCGAUACGGCCAUACCGGGACAUUGAAGAUGACGUCGACGAGGAUGCGCCUCUUGCUCCCAAUCCUACCCACCAUCAAUUGCAGCAAUCCGCCCAGGAGUCGGACGAAGAGAUCCCACUCGGCAAGUGGUGUCUCAUGACAGCCGGUAUCCUCAGCACUACCUUUGUUAUCAGCUUGCUCGUCGACGACCUCUCCAUCAUCCUCGGCUUUGUCGGCUCGGUGGGCAGCACCACCAUCAGCUUCAUCCUUCCCGGCGUCCUCUACGCAUCGCUACAUAAGGAUCAACCGCAAUCGAGGUUGCGCAAAGCCGCGAUCGCACUGGCAGCCUGGGGCAGCGUCGUGCUCGUCGUAGCUCUGUCGGCCAAUAUCCUAAAACUUAUUCAUGCCCAGGUGCCCAACUCGCUCCUCGUCACUAGCAUCACUAGAAAUGUUUAG